AUGAUCGGUGCGACGAAGCGCUGGUUCCAGCGCAAUCGCAGAGGUCUUGCAAUCGGGGCUGGGGUGAUAGGAGCUGGCUACUUGGCCGGACAAUAUGUGCUAUCCAAGAUCUCCGAAGCGCGGGAACGCAUGAGCGGCGAUCGGAUUGCACGCGAAAAUCUACGCCGACGAUUCGAACAAAACCAGACCGAUUGCACAUACACUGUCCUAGCCUUAUUGCCAACCGCCACCGAGAAUAUUAUCGAGGCUCUACCUGUCGAAGAGUUGACGAAGGAGCUGCAGCAGAAGCGAGCUGAGAGGUUGGCUCGGCUCAAUGCCGGAGAGGCCACUGGAUCAGACCUAAGUUCGGUAACGCCUAGUCUCCCGGAUGAUGAUCGGAGGAGUCUCUCCAGUUUCCAAAGUGAAGGAUACGUGCAUGCGAGCCAGAUGGGGGAGUCUUCCCUAAGCUCGGACGGACAGCCUCGGCCCAAGCGGAACAAGACCCAAUUGUGGAAUGAGGUUAAGAUUACAUCGGUCACUCGGUCGUUUACUAUGGUCUACACCCUCUCAUUGCUCACCAUCUUCACUCACAUCCAACUCAACCUCCUCGGCCGCCGCAACUACCUCUCCAGCGUGAUCUCCCUUGCUACACCGCCUGCCAACUCUUCGACUAUCAGACUUGAAGACCAUGAUGAUGAACUCACACAGACAUUGGGCGAUGACUUCGAGACCAACCGCCGUUACCUCGCCUUCAGUUGGUGGCUACUUCACCGCGGAUGGAAAGACCUAAUGGUCCGAGUACAAACUGCAGUGGAGGAAACAUUUGGGCCUCUGAAUCCCCGCGAGGAUAUCAGCUUGGCCAAACUCUCCGAGCUGACCUUGCAAAUCCGAAAGAGGGUGGAAGGCAGCACAGAGGAGGAACGACGAUCUCAGAGGUGGCUUUCAUGCUUGCUGCCGCCAGCAGGCGAGGAGCAGCAUGUCCUGCGCGAGUCCGGCGUGGAGGGAGUCGCGGACCCGACCUCUCCCCAGACAGCAUCGAAGCUGCGACACCUCCUGGACGAGACAGCGGAUCUGAUUGACUCUCCCUCUUUCUCCUUGGUGCUCACCCUUCUCAACAACGAGGGAUUCUCCACUCUCAUCGACCAGAGAUGUGCCGCUGACGCCUUCAAGGCGCCGACCUCUACUCCGGAAUUUGCCCCUCAGUCCUUUGAAUCCGUUGCCACUGUCGUGCCCCUGGCUGGCAACGCCGACCGCAAGACGAAGCUUGCUAACCUCCUGGCUGUUAUGGCUCGCCAAGCGCAUGUGAUUGGCAAUGGUUCCCACCCACCCAAUGAGUAUCUGGUCGCCAUGGACCAGAAUGUGCGUGAGCUCGAAGCAUUCUCUGCCGUGGUCUACAGUUCAAACUUUGACCUCGAGCUUCUUGGUGCCAAGAAUACGGUGUCCGAGGCGAGAGAGACUGGGUUGGACGAUAAUGAUAUGGCUUCUUCAUUUACGCACGUAUCCGUUCAGGAGGAAGUUGAAGAUGACCUGAAGGAUGAUGAGUCCAUCCAGUCAUCGUCGCCGAGCGCCGAGCGCGUGGCAUCAGUGGCAGAUGAGCCUUUGACUAACUCUGCCUUCGAACAAGCUUGGGGUAAAGCCACAGAAGAGGAACCUACCUCUCUACCCGAGGAAGCCACCGAGAAAGUCACAGAAAGAGUUACGCAGGAAGAUACGGAGGAAGCCACGGAGGCAGUUACAGAGGAAGUUGCAGUGCAAGCCAAUGAAGAGCCCACAGAAGAAACCCAGGCAACGCAAUGA